UCUGCACAGCAACGCGGCGGUGCUUUCCUCCGAGCGGGGAGGCUCCAACCCCGUCCCCAGGGGGCAGGGCGGUCCCUGCACGGGAAGGCCCGCUUCUGGGCGCCUGGGCUGCUGCCUACGGGUUGCGGGAGGAGGGAGAGGCGAUUGGGCCGGGCGCCACCUCUUCCCCCGCCCUCCCGGCCCGCUGCGCCCGCCCCCGGGAAUGUCGGGACUCCUCCCAGGCCCCGCACUUGAAAGGCAGGGGCUGGAACACGCCCUGGCCCCAAGCACCGGGCCCCAAGGUUCAGGGUCUCAGUCCCCGCGGAGCCGUCCGCUGGCGCGAUGGUGGCCGUCUGGCUGGUGCACGUCGGGCAGAAGCUGCUGCUCUGGGGCGCGCUCAGCGCCGUCUCCCUGGCGGGCGCCACCCUCAUCCUGAGCUUCCUGCAGAUGAUGGCGAGCUAUGCGCAUAACUGGCUACAAAUGAGGCCCAUCCCCAGCAUUUCGGGCGCCUACCCAUUCCUGGGACACGCGCUGAUCCCGAAGCGAGGAGGGACAGAGUUUUUCCAGCAAGUGAUUUAUUAUACUGAACAAAACAGACAUGUGCCAAUGGUAAAAGCCUGGCUUGGCACAGUACCAGUAAUAGCCAUGUUUAAGGCCGAAACUAUAGAGGUAAUUUUAACUAGCUCAGAGCAAAUUGACAAGUCUUAUCUGUACAGGUUUGUAGAACCAUGGCUUGGCCUAGGACUUCUCACAAGUACUGGAAACAAAUGGCGCUCCAGGAGAAAAAUGUUAACACCCACUUUCCAUUUUACCAUUCUGGAAGAGUUCUUAGGUGUCAUGAAUGAACAAGCCAACAUAUUGGUUAAUAAGCUUGAAAAACAUGUUGACGGAGAAAAGUUUAACUGCUUUUCUUACAUCACUCUUUGUGCCUUAGAUAUAAUCUGUGAAACAGCUAUGGGCAAGAAUCUUGAUGCUCAGACUCAUGAUGAUUCUGAGUAUGUCCGUGCAGUUUAUAGGAUGACUGAUUUACUACAUCGAAGAAUGAAGACGAUUUGGUUCUGGCAUGAUGUAUUGUACCUUUUGUUUAAAGAUGGAAGGGACCACAAAAGGAACCUAAAGAUCUUACAUAAUUUUACCACCAAUGUCAUCAAUGAACGGGCCAAUGAAAUAAAGAGAUAUGAAGAACGUAAAAGUGAUGACAAGGGCAUGACCCUCUCCAAAAGAAAACACAAGGCUUUUCUCGACCUGCUUUUAAAUGUGAUGGAUGAUGAAGGGAACAAGCUGAGCCUGGAGGCUAUUCGAGAAGAAGUGGACACUUUCAUGUUUGAGGGCCAUGAUACAACUGCAGCUGGAAUAAACUGGGCCUUGUACCUACUGGGUUGCUAUCCAGAAGUCCAGAAAACAUUGGACAGUGAACUGGACGAAGUGUUUGGGAAUUCUGAUCGCCCUGUUACCUUAGAAGACCUGAGGAAACUUAAAUAUCUGGAGUGUGUUAUUAAGGAGACCCUUCGUAUUUUUCCUUCUGUGCCUAUAAUUGCCCGUGAACUUAAUGAAGAUUGUGAUGUUGGGGGAUACAAGGUUGUGAAAGGCUCUCAAAUACUCAUCAUUCCCUACGCACUGCAUAGAGACCCACGGUACUUCCCAGAUCCUGAGGAGUUCAAGCCAGAGCGGUUCUUUCCUGAGAAUUCGAUGGGACGCCAUCCAUACGCAUAUGUGCCCUUCUCUGCAGGACCCAGAAACUGUAUAGGUCAAAGGUUUGCCAUGAUGGAAGAAAAGGUCGUUCUUUCAUGCAUCCUGAGGCAUUUUUGGGUAGAAUCCAACCAGAAAAGAGAAGAACUCGGUCUGGCAGGAGAGGUGAUUCUUCGUCCUAUUAAUGGCAUCUGGAUCAAGUUGAAGAGGAGAAACGCAGAUGCAUCCUAACUCUAUUAUUGGGCUGUGCCUUAGUAGGAAUAAAAUCUUUCUUUAAGAGAAACUUUGCAUUUACAAUGUGUGAAUCAUGAGUUAAAUACUCUUAAUCCCUACACCUAAUUUUUUUCUUAUCACCACUUAGCUUGGAGUCAAGUCUUCCAAAGAGAGGAUUUUUAUAUUUUCAUUACCAUCAUUAUCUUAUCCUUGUUCUUGAUCCCAAAAGGCGAGUUAACUAAUGUCCAUACCCAAAUAAACAUAUACAUUUCUCAACAGAGGGAUCCAGAGGCCAAUUCAAUUUCAAUUGACAGACCCAAAGGAUAUAAGUUAAUUGAAGUUCCAGAAUUUUUUAAGAUAUUCUUGUUGAACACAAAUAUACAUAUAUACAUAUACAUUUAAUUUGAAAAGGUUAAUAAAAUACUUAGGCUGGGGCAUAGGUUUUAAAAAUUAUAUCAGUGGCAUCAGUUAUGAGAAUAAUUAUGAUAAUGAUACUUUUCAGGUUUUAUUAAGGAGAGCAGAUCAUUUAUAAGUUGACUCAUAGGUUCUGUUCCUAUUUCUCUUUUAACUUUGUACUUAUGGCCUUCAUUUCACUUCAUUCUACAUAACAUCAAAAUUACCUUCACAUAUCAAAUAUUACCGGGAGAGAUUCCUCUUGGUGAUCUCCAGUCCCUCAUAAUGGCAUUUGGAACUGGAAGCACCUUAGACCUUAUCAGGUUAUAUCCCUUUUCAUUCCAAGGGGAUAAGAUCAAUCAGAGGUAAGUUUCUAUCCAAAGUCAUACCACUAGGGGGUGACAGAGCUGGAAAUAGAUGUCUAAACUCUAAAUCUCUACUACAAUAUGCUAUUGCUUUAUGAAACUCAGAUCUAGAGCUGGGUGUAUCAUUAGAACACAGAUCUUCUAGAAUUCUCCCCUCAUUAAGGAGAAGAGAAGCCGCACAUGUAUAGUAAUCCAGCACUUAGUUUAGGGUUAACCUACUGGGAAAUUCAAUCCUCCAGAACAUAUCUGUCAAGCUAACAACUGACACUAAUUCCCUGAAUUUGAAUUCCAUUGACAAUUGUUCUACUCCCUCACUCAGUGACUUAAAAAAACUUAUUUUAAUAAAUAAUUUUAAUGAGAUUGUUUCUGUUUCUAAAUUGAUUUUAGAGUGUGAGGAAUGGAGAGAGAGAGAGAAAAACAUCAAUGUGAUGUGAGAGAGGUACCUUGAUCCAUUCCUUCCUGUUAACCUCCCGACUGGGGAUUGAACUCACACCUAGGUAUGUGCCCUGACUGGGAAUUGAACUCGUGACCUUCUGGUGCAUACACAGAGAUUGUAUCUUUAGUUUUCUCAAGGCAAAUGCAGGUGGAAGCAACAAACUAAGAGAAUGGAAUAUGUAUUCUUUAAUGGAUAUCAAAGGAAGAGCUGACCCAACCAAAGUCAUUGGGCAAGUAUUAUGGGCUCGGGCAUUCAGGGCAGGGUCAACAGCUCUACGCACUUUACCAUCCCAAAGACCCUCAGUGCAGACAAGUCAGUCCGUAUGUUGCGGAGAAAAUGUCAAGGACAUAUAUGAUGCAGUUGAAAAUGAUUUCCAAUUUAUGGUAAAUUGUGUUAUCUAGAAAGUAGAUAUAUGUAGAAAAUUCCCCAGAUGAUUUUGGAUAAUUGAAGUUUUAUUCUUGGAAAUUGGUAUUAUUUUAUGCACUUUUAUGCACUUACUUUAAACCUUGCCUUUAAAAAAUGUAGUGACCCUACACUAGACAUGAAAUUAAAUUUAAAGCAAAGUGUUGCUUUGUGUUCCCUUUUGGCUUAAGAUCUUCAUUUGUCCCCAGAAAAAUUUAUUUUUCAUAUUUUAAUUGGAAAAUCAUUUAAACUGUGUCAGUUAAACUGAGUUGCAAUGGAGAAAGUAUGUCAUGGUCUGCUGUAUGAACAUGAAAAUGCUGACUUUUUUUUAAAAAAUAAGAAGAUUAAAUAUCUGUGUCCCUAUUACCUAUCAUGCUCCUGCUUGAAUGAAGUAUCUUAAGAAUAAUAAACUACAUUUAGACAUGGGUGCUACAUUUUAUUCUAAGAAUUGAUGUGAGUUUGAAUUAUAGAUAACUUUAAAAGAUAAAUUAGUGGGUGAGUGCUUUAUAAUAAGUAAUAAAAGAAAUGGCUCCUUUGAGUUAAUGUCCUCAGUGUCACUCAGACUCCCUAACAAAAUGUCCCUGUGCAGUUAUCACAGACUGAUCUUGAGUUUCCCUGACUCUGAAAAAUAAGUGGAAAGACCAACAUAUUUUGCUUAAUCGAAAGGAGAAAGUGAAAUCUCUCAAGACUACCUUGGAAUCAGCAAAAGCCCCAAGCAUCCACUGGGUACCCAGAGAUUUAUCAUCUAGAAAUCUCUGCAGGUGAUGGACUACUGAAUUGAUGGUCUGUUCAUUGUCACAGACAACUGUGGAACAUGUUUCUGGCCCAACUACUGACAAGUCUCAAAAAUAAAGAGAUUCUUGGACUAUA